AAAUAAUCAAAAACAUAAGAAAAAUUCAAAAUAGGCCUUGUAUAGGUCCAGUUUAAAGUAAUUUCUAUCCCACAAGUAUGUAGGACAGGAUGCAGUAAUAUUUCACUUAGACAUUUGUAGCCAAGACUACAGGAAGUUUCCAUAAUAUAAUGUUUUCUCUCCCUACAGGUUAUAAACAUCAAAUGAGCUUCCCUUGCUUCACAAACAUAUCAUGGAGCUCUUGCUACAAAACCUUCAAACUCAGCUUCACUAUUACCAACAUGUUUUACACAACAAAGAUGAAUCAAAAGGACUCCAGAACAUUCAAGGCUGCUGAGCAUAUCCUACAAAUCUUGCUCAAGGUAUUGUUUGGAAGCAGCAAGCUUGGCUCUCAAUAUUGUGGAUGCAGUGGCCUUUCACUGAGGUCUCUGAAGAACAGCAUAGCAACUGGAGUAGAUAUACUCUGCACUUUCAAGAAGGACUCCUCCAACCUUGUCCUGGACAAAAAGGUGGUUUCCUGGGAGCUGACUGAACAGCUCUGUAGAAGAGAGCUAAAACACCUGGUUAUAGACAAUGAUAGCCUCAUUGUGAAUGGGUAUCAACAUAAGCUGCCAGGAAUCAGAUCCACAAAGAGAAGUGAGGUUGGUGUAGGACCUGUCACCCAUAUCCCAGACCAUGGAGAACCAGGAAAAAUCAUGACAUCACUGACUAGUGGCCUCCUGAUCCGUGAAUCCCCUGUAUAUGCUAUAGAGAGUGACAUUGGUGUAGGGCCCUUCACCCAUAUCCCAGAACAUGGAGCACCAGGAGACAUGACAUCAGUGACCAGUGAAUCUACUGUAUGUGCCAUGGGAUUCUCUACUGAGACUUCAGGGACACUGAAGAAUGUGAGUGGAUCUGACCAGGGAAGAGAACCAACGAACUCCACCAGUAUCCCUAUGACUGACUUUAUCGGGAGAGAUUCCAUUGCUUACACUGAAACGGACAUACGUGUCAUGGAGACAACUCCAAGAGCCACAGCCACUCAAGACCCACUUCUCACUGUGCCCACUGGAGCAGGUGACCUCAUCCCUGGGAUGCACAGGAGAACUGUGUCCUCUCCCACCGAAACCUCAGUUCCAUCUGAGAUAUCCUCUGGAGUCACCAUUGCCAUUGCAAGGACCUCACUCUCCAUGACUCCAGUAGAAAUCACAGCUAGCCCCGGCUCCAGUGCUCCUUUAAACAUCAGCCUAAGCACAAGAACAGCUUCCCUUGAGCCUGCUACUUCGUUGGAGGACCCAGGGCCAGCCGGCCUGACUCCAGAAACUGAGAGAAACCCACAGGCAACACCAACUCCAGCUAUCACCCUGCCUCCAGCCAGCACACAGGAAGUUUGCACAACAGCAUCUCCCAGUCCUCCUGACACAACCACAGAGGGCAGCAGUGUCCAGGCAGGGACAGCCUCUGUUUCUGAUCAGGUGCCUUCCACUUCCAGCCUCUUCCCAAGAGGUGAUGCUGGUGUGGUGCCAGACACACAUGCCCAAGGCCAUGAUGCACCAGGAAGCACAGUAGCACCAAUAAGGAGCUCCCUCACCCCUGUGUCUACUAUUAUUCCCACAGGUCCAAAUAUUGUUCCCCCUUUCCUUCGGUCCCCCUCUUGGAGAGAUGCAGGGAGAUACAACUGGAAGAGCUUCACCCUUAACUUCACCAUCACCAACAUGUUUUAUACAACCAAGAUGGCUCAAAGGGAUUCCAGCACAUUCCGUCUUCCUGAAUGUUUCCUGCAGCGCAUGUUCAAGGUAUUGUUUGAAAGAAGCAGCCUUGGCUUUCAGUAUUGUGGAUGCAAUGUGAUCUUGCUGAGGUCUAUGAAAAAUGGGGCAGCAACAGGAGUGGAGGUUAUAUGUUUUUAUAAGGAAGUUUUCUCUGUCCCCGUCUUGGACAAGAAGAAGAUUUACCAAGAGCUGAGUCAAGAGACUAAUGGAAUAACAAGGCUUGGACAUUAUAUUCUAGAUAAGAAAAGCCUCUAUGUGGAUGGGUAUAACCCUCAGAUGAUGCCACCCCCCUACACAAAAGAAUCAGUCUACCACCAUGGGUCCAGAAGAUGGAGGAAAGUCUACCGAAUGAAUGGGCAUCUGUUUCAAUCCAAACGUUUUAACAGAAGAGCCUACUGUGCCCAGUGCAGUGAAAGGAUAUGGUGUCUCGGAAGGCAAGGCUACAAGUGUAUCAAGUGCAAAUUACUGGUCCAUAAAGGUUGUCAUAUUUUUGUACCACGGACCUGCAAAAGGCAUAUGGAUUUGAUGAUGCCAUCCCAAGAAACUCAAGUAGAGGAUAAAAAUGAUAAUGUUGACCUUCCCUCCGAAGAAAAUGAUGGACUCGCUUAAGUUCUCUCAACCUGGAAACACGACAGCCUUAAAGAUGAUUCUGGGGACAUUAAGCCAGUUAUCGAUGGGAUGGAUGGAAUUAAAAUAUCUCAGGGGCUCGGGCUGCAUUGCCACUAAUGGAUAAAUCCAUUACCCUCAAUUGUAUUGUA